AUGGAAACUUCUAAAAAAAGAAAAUUAUCGGAUAUUGGUAGUAAUAUCGUUGGUCACCAAAAAUAUUCAACCAAUGUCGAAGGUAUCAUUGGUCAACAAGAAGAAAAUGAUUUAAGUAAUCGAAGUUAUUGUCAAAAUGGUUGUUAUGAAGAUGAAAGUAAAAUAAAUAUAAAAGAAGUUUUUCAGGAAAUAUCUAGUAAAACAAUAACAAAAUCCGAUGAUUUAAAUAAAAAUUAUGGAGGAGAAGAAGAAAAAGAAGAUAAUAUUAUAUUAAAUGAUGAUGUAAAAAAAUCAAAUGUAAUAAACAUCAAUGAAAAUUAUAAGGAAAAAGAUGAAAUUCAAUGUUUAAAUACUAACGAUAUUAAAGAAAUAAUGUGGUUCUCAACGGAUUACAUAGAAGUAAGCUAA